AUGAAUGAGUUUUGGAAGCAACUUGAUGCCAUUCCUUUCCGUGUUGAUACUCAUGGUGAAUCAUGCGAUGAACGUGCAAGCGCUGCUGUCAGAAAGGCAGUGAUGUGUCCUAUCUAUCCAGGCAAUCUUCCACGAAUCUCGGUUGGGUACCGACAUGAAGUAAUUGACUUUAAUAGUCAAAUCAAGAUGGUCAACCUGUGGGAGUACAAGGACACUGUCUGUGAUGAGACUUGGAGAGUUUUUACAGAAAUGGUUAAUGAAUUCAAGGAAAAGAACUUGCGAGUGUCCUUUUUCAAUUCGACCCCUCAAGGUGGCGGAGUGGCCCUUAUGCGUCAUGCCCUAGUCCGCUUCUUGCGCUUGGCAGGUGUUGAAGUUCAUUGGUACGUGGCUCGUCCUAAGCCUGAAGUAUUUGAUAUUACCAAGCGAAAGUUCCAUAACGUUCUCCAAGGUGUUGCUCCUCCUGACGUCUACUUGACCGAGGCAGAUAAGCAAAUCUUUAUUGACUGGUCAAAUGAAAAUGCGAGACGAUUCUGGUUGGAUGAUAAGGGACCUAUUAAAAAUUCUGACGUGAUCGUGAUUGACGACCCACAAGUCUGUGGUAUCAUUCCUCAUAUUCGAGAACAUGCUCCCAAUACAAAGAUUAUCUUUAGAUCCCACAUUGAAAUUAGAGCUGACUUGAUUAAAGAGUAUCCUGAGGGCCCUCAGGCCAUCACUUGGAACUUCUUGUGGAACUUUAUUCAACAUGCCGAUGUCUUUGUAGCUCAUCCUAUUAAAAACUUUGUUCCUGAAGAUGUUCCCUCUCGAAAUGUUGUACUUUUACCUGCUGCCACAGAUCCUCUUGAUGGUCUGAACAAACAAUUGAAUGACUGGUGCAAGACCUAUUACCAGUCGGUGUUUAACCGUGUGUGUGUUGACUUGGGUGUGAAUGAGGUAGACUGGUACCGACCCUACAUUGUACAAGUCGCACGGUUCGAUCCUUCCAAAGGAAUUCCUGACGUUCUAGAAGCGUACAGAUUGCUACGUGCCAAGAUGGAUGGUAACUUUGAAGACGCUCAAACACCCCAGCUCGUUAUCUGUGGUCAUGGAAGUAUUGAUGAUCCUGAUGGCACAGUCAUCUUUGAACAGGUGCAAGAAAUUCUUAAUUCCGAACCAUUCACUGGUAUUGCUAGCGAUAUCAUCGCCGUCCGUUUACCUGCUUCUGAUCAACUUCUUAACAUGAUCCUCCGUGGUGCCUACGUUGCCUUACAAUUGUCACAUCGAGAAGGCUUUGAGGUCAAGGUCACUGAGGCUCUCCACAAGGGUGUUCCCGUCAUUGCUUAUAGAGCUGGUGGUAUUCCUCUUCAGAUCAGAGAAGACGAGGACGGUUUCCUUGUUCCUAUUGGCCAUGUAGAAGAAGUAGCCGAUAAACUCUUUGAGUUGUUCAACAACCCAGAACUACGCGAUACUAUGGGUGAAGCAGCCAAGAAAUGUGUGACCGAGGAAUACUUUACUGUAUGGAACUCUAUGUCAUGGCUUCACAUGUUCCUCGAACUAACUCAGAACCAGUCUGAAGACGAACACAACGGAGGCGGCUUAUUAGACAUGAACACAUUGAACCACACGAACUUGGGUCAUCAAAGAAAAGUGUCUGAACUUUGGAGAGAAAAGUACAAUUAUAGUCCAGAGUAA